CCGACGCUGAUGGCGAGCUUAGAGCACAUUGCCAAUGGCGUCAUCAGGAGGAGGCGGGGCCCGAGUAUGUUCUGGCUGGUAGGGGUGGAGCCAAAAAGGGUCAAGGUCUUCAUGAUUAAUUUCCAGGGAAUUUAAACAAAAUUAAGUUGCUUUCUACUCUCUGUCUGGUUGUGUAAGGCCUACUAGAUAUCUCCCCGUGUAUUCACUGAGCUCACUUUCCCCACUUCUAAUUGGAGAUGACUUCAUUGGCUUCCCCGGGGUUCUCAGAUGCAGAUGGUUCUCCAGGAUGAAAAUUUUGUCAGUAAAGAAGAGUUCCAGGCAGUGGAAAAGAAGCUGGUGGAAGAGAAAGCUGCCCAUGCCAAGACCAAGGUCCUCCUGGCCAAGGAAGAGGAGAAGUUGCAAUUUGCCCUCGGAGAGGUAGAGGUGCUAUCUAAACAGCUGGAGAAAGAGAAGCUGGCUUUUGAAAAAGCGCUCUCCAGUGUCAAGAGCAGAGCCCUGCAGGAAUCCAGUAAGAAGGACCAGCUCAUCACCAAGUGCAAUGAAAUUGAGUCUCACAUUAUAAAGCAAGAAGAUAUACUUAAUGGCAAAGAGAAUGAGAUUAAGGAGUUGCAGCAAGUUAUCAGCCAGCAGAAACAGAUCUUCAGCCCAUGCCCAGCCAGCUCCAUUGCAGGAAUCACAUGUCUGACUACCGGAUCCAGAAGCAACAGGAGAACUACAUGGCCCAAGUGCUGGACCAGAAGCAUAAGAAAGCCUCGGGGACGCGUCAGGCCCGGAGCCACCAGCAUCCCAGGGAAAAAUAAAAUUGUCUUCACCUUCCUGUUCUGUAGCUGUAAUGCUGGACCUCUGCCUUCUCUGCUGUGGGGGUCCCCAUCCCUGUGGGUUUCUGCUUCUGCCACGUCAGGCCUCACCAGUGCCCUGACUCCCAGGGAAGAGGCAGAAGGCACUCUUUUUUUUUUCUCUCUGCCUGCCUCCUGGGCCUUCAUGACAGAAGGGAGAAUCAAGUUACUAGGGACUGGGUGGGGGACAGGCCUUGGACCACUACUUUCCAUGCCACUCCUUGGCUCAGAAAAGGAUGCUGCUCAAGUCUCCAGCCCCUGCUGGAGUGCGCGGCUCCCUCCCUUGGAUAGUAGGGGGAGUGAAAGUGUGGGGGUAUAGCGUAGGGGAGGACUACUUUGUUGUCUAAUAGGCACUGUCCUUCCUACUCUUGGUAUUUAAUCCCUCCCUAUGUAAACAGCUCUGGUUACCCCGGGUUACCUGUAAACACCCCACCCCA